UACUGCAGGUGAGCGACCGUUUCAGGCCAUUCAGGCGUGACAUCUUUUUCUUUUUCUUUUUCUUGUUCGUCUUGUUAUUUUCUUCUUCUGCUGCUUGUUCUUCUUCUGCUGCGGCUGCUGCUGCUGCUUCUUCUUCUUCUUCUCUUCCUCCGGUCGCAGCGUUGCGGGUCACUGGAGCAAACCAUUUCGUUGCUAGGACUCGGGGGAACUUGCUGUGUAAAGAGGUAUGAUACACGCAGAGCAGAGGAAGAAGAAAGUCGUGCGGGUGUGUUUUUAUUACCAGGGGUUUCGUGCAUAUUUGCCUUAACCAAUGAUGACGUCCCAGCCACCGCCACAGCAAAGAGAGCCAUUGGUGAACAGCGUACAUAAAGGAAGAUUCCCUGACAAGGCGAAUAUCAACAAAGUUGGCCUGCAUGACAGGGGCCAGUGGGCCAGCAAGGGCGAGUUUCUUCUGUCCGUGGCGGGCCAGAUCAUUGGCUUGGGCAACGUGUGGAGGUUCCCAUACUUGUGCUACAGGAAUGGAGGAGGUGUGUUCUUUGUACCUUACCUUUUGUUCCUGGUGCUAUGCGGUAUCCCCCUGUUCCUCCUGGAGACUUCACUGGGCCAGUACACGAGCCUGGGCGGGGUCAGUGCCUGGACAAGCAUGUGCCCAAUAUUUGGAGGUCUAGGCUAUGCUAGCCAGAUGAUGAUCCUGCAUGGAUGUGUGUACUACAUUGUCAUACUGGCCUGGGCUCUCUUCUACCUGUCUUCCAGCUUUCAGGCAGAACUUCCCUGGUCGCACUGUAACAACUCGUGGAACACUGAGGCUUGUUUUAUGUUUGAUCAUCACAACCAGACAUCCAAUGGGAGCAACCUACCGGAAAACGUCACGUCCCCUGUUACGGAGUUUUGGGAGCGAGAAGUGCUACAUCUGCCUGAUAGCUUAGACAAUCUUGGUCCAAUUAGCUGGAAGCUGGCAUUGUGUCUUGCUAUUGUCUGGCUCGUCUGUUACUUCUGCGUGUGGAAGGGCAUUAAGUCCUCAGGAAAGGUGGUGUAUCUCACAGCCACCUUUCCAUAUGUGAUGCUCAUUGUGCUGCUGGUGCGUGGCGCCACCCUGCCUGGAGCAACCCAGGGAAUAAUCUAUUACCUCAAACCCAACCACACUCGCUUGGCAGACCCGCAGGUAUGGAUGGAUGCAGGUACCCAGAUCUUUUUCUCUUUUGGAAUCUGUUUGGGGAGUCUCACAGCCCUUGGCAGUUACAACAAAUACAACAAUGACUGUUACAAAGAUUCGUACCUUCUGUGCCUCUUGAACAGUAGCACCAGUUUCUUGGCAGGGUUUGCCAUCUUCUCAGUGCUAGGCUUCAUGGCGGAGGAGCAAGGAGUGGACAUCGCCACUGUGGCUCAAUCAGGACCAGGCCUGGCCUUCAUCGCCUUCCCCAGAGCUGUUGCCAUGAUGCCUCUUCCCCAACUCUGGGCCAUCUGCUUCUUCCUCAUGAUCAUCAUGUUGGGGCUGGACACACAAUUUGUAAGUCUGGAGGCGCUGAUGACAUCCGUGACCGACUUGUACCCCCAUCUGAUCAGACGCGGCUACCGCAGAGAGCUGCUGCUGCUGUUUAUCUGUGUCGUAUGCUUCUUGAUCGGGCUGAUCAUGGUGACGCCGGGUGGUCUGUAUGUGUUCCAGAUAUAUGAUCAUUUCUCCUGCAGUGGAGCCAGCCUGCUGCUUCUCUCCAUCUUCCAGUCUAUUGCAAUUGGCUGGAUCUAUGGUGCUGACCGCUUUUGUUCAAACAUCAAGGACAUGACAGGCCACAACCCCCUACUACUCUUCAAGCUGUGCUGGAAAUACCUGACGCCAGCCGUGUGCACUGCUACCUUCCUUUUCUCCGUGGUCUGUUGGUCUCCAUUGCGCUUGGGGAAAGGUCUGGUUGCUCCAGGUUGGGCAACAGCACUAGGCUGGCUCCUCACCCUGUCCUCUGUGUCGCUGCUUCCAAUCUGGGCCAUCUAUGCACUCGCCAUUACGCCUGGCACCCUCACACAGCGCUUUUGCCAUCUGUGCAACCCCACCGUAAACUUGCCACAAGCCUUUCAACGCUGUCCUGACAACUCGACCACAUACAGCGUUGCACUUCCUCUCAGCGACAAGCCAAAGGAAACAAUCGGCGACAUCAUCCGAGACCAUGUGGGUUAGCGGCGCUACAUGAUGCACUGACGCCAUGUCGAUGUCAUUCAAGAGGGUGGAGUUGGUUUGAAUCUGAGACUGCAAAAGCUUUGCCCACCCAGCAAAUACAGUUCCAGUCCGUUUUUUUUUUACAGUAGAAUGAUUAUUAUUCUUUCUUAAUGAUGCAUUUUGGGGGGAUUCUCCUUGUUAAAAGUUUUCAAGGGUACCAAAAUAACCAAUACUUUACAUUGCAGUCGUGGUAUUAACAAGACACACUGCUGUUCGUUGAUUAGUUGACAAUCGCUUCUGUGCAACAAAAAAAGCCUUUUGUGUUUCCUGAUAAGGGCAUGACAGAGGAUCUGAGGAUAUAUCACUGUACUGUGUCAUUUCCCCCCCUUUGUUGAAUUAAUCAGUGGCUAAUAUACUCUUGUACUGGUAUAAUUUACAUAGCACAAUGCAGCAAUUGCUAUACUGCUUAAAAGCUCAGCCUUGGAGAAGCAGAUCACUUAUUCUGGGACAUAAGAACAAAACAUAUCACUUUGGGGUUUUUUUUUCUUUGACUCUAUCAGAGCUUGUCAUUGGGGUAAGUUGUACAAAUUUGGUUGUGAAGUGGGACGUUAUGCUGCCAACAAAUGCCUGACGUUACACAUCAAUAGUCACCUGACUGCCAUGAACGUUCCCUUCUGUGAAGGCAUCAUCUUUCAUGUUAAAGGGAAGGCCUCAAAUUUGGACUCCCAUUAUAUCUUAUACCAACUAAGCUGCUCUGUGAGAACCUUCUUUUAGAUGCAAUUUUAAUGAAUAUAUAGCCAAGAACUUUUUCAACCUGCUUUAUUUGGACUUUGUUCCUGCUUCGAAUUGUUUACAUGGCAACAAGUUGUGCUGUAUGUUUUAAAUCAGCCAAACUCAUUUGCCAAAGUAUCAAGUGCUUUUACCCACGACUUCCUUUUUUUAGUCACUUUGACUCAUAUGUUCAAGUUGUAUGUGCAGUUUCUCCAAAUCAAAAAUACGAACCUGUGAAUCCUGCUAUCAGUAUGAUUGAAUUGACACCUUAAUCGAAAAAUAACCCACCACUCCAAUGACAUGAAAGCUGUUGUUUUCGUAUGUGUGACGGAUAUACUGAUGGAUUUUUUUAUAUUACUGUAUUCCAAAAAAAGGUUCCUGAUACUUCUCAUAUUCUACUGUUUUGUUAUAGUCUAUAAGCACAGAAAAAUUACAAUUACCGUACUCUGACUAGAAUGUUUAAAUUGCCAUGACUCAAUAUGUCAAAAUUUGUGAAUGUGUAUUGUACAUCUGUUUAAAUGGGCAAUCAUUCCUGAACCAUUGUGAUGAGAUGUUUCAGUGCUACAACACUGAAAUCAGGUACGUGCGUGUGUGUGUGUGUGUGUGUGUGUGAGAGAGAGAGAGCGAAAUGUUUUUUUGCAGCGCUUCAUUAUUUCUAUAAAGUAAGUCAAUAAAUACACUAUGCAUUGUGAACUAAAGAG